GAAUCCUGGGCCUGGAGGCCUUGCAGAAGGGCGGGUCUUCUCUGUGUCUUCUUCAUUCUUGCCCUCUGCGCUCCACCCGGACUCCAGUUCCUCUUCCCCUGCGUCGCUGGGUGCAGAGUCCGCGGAGCGCUAGGGACCGGAGGGAUCUGAGAGGUGCCGUGGCUCCUGUGCGCCCGGGUCCAGGUGAUCCACCACCAAGCUCUCUUCUGCGCCGGAUCUCCCAGCACCGCCCAGGUAAAGGCGUGGUAAUGGGGCCGCAAAGACAGGACAGAGGCUAGAACUGGGGUCUGUGCAGGGGCUGCAAAUCAGAGUUCGGCACCCCCCACCCAUCCACCCACCCACCCACCCCAGCCCAGGACUCCCAGCCGCGGUGCUUCGGAGACGGCCCUCUGCCGGGCCACCGCUCAUUUGCAUAUAGUCGCGUCUUGGCCAAUGAAGCCGCCCGAAAUGGCACCGGGGUCAUGUACCCAUUCCCCAGAGGGGAAAGACUGAGGCUGGAGGCCAGAGCCAAACAAUAAGGGGCUUCAAGUGAGGGGCUGCCAAUUACCAAAAGCGUCCUGAGCUGUUCUGAGCCAUUAAAAACAAACAAACCCAACUCACAAUAAACCCAGGUGUGGAGGGUGAGAGCGGCCACAGGCAGGGGUUGGGCUUGGAUUCUGGUGUCUCUGUCUAGGUUGCUUGAAUGGGGUGCGCCCUGCCCUGGGCGCUGUGGUUGCUGCUGCUACUGCAGGAUCCAUGCAGCCUGGGAUUGUCCUGCAACGUGUCCUCGGGGGACGUGGACUGGGCCACGGAGUUCACAGCCACCUGCUUGAACUUCAGCGGCCGAGGCCUGAACAUUCCCUGGAACAGGUCUCUGCAGGCCAGCAGCGUGCUCCUCCUCGACCUGUCUGGGAACGGCCUUCGGGAGCUCCCGGGGUCCUUUUUUGCCCGCCUGGAAAAGCUGCAGAUCCUGAAUGUGACCAACAACCCUCUGGACCGCGUGGAUGCGGAGCUGGCAGGACGCUGCGCCCUUGACUUGAAGGCUGACUGCCGCUGCAGCCUCGCCUCCUGGCACAAGGUCCGGCAGGACAACUGCUCUGACCAGCUGCCCCCGCAGUGCCUGGAUGCCGGCACCUUCACCUGGCGCAACCUCUCCACCUUCCUGGAGGCCAGCUGCCCCUCUGGCCUGUCCUGGGCGGCCAUUGGGGCACUGGCAGCGAGUGGAAGCCUGCUCCUUGGGCUCAUCAUAGCUGGCUCAUUGCUGGCCUGGAGAUUCCGGUCACGCUGGUCACCCAGGAGCCAGAGCCAGGACAAGACAUGGGCUGCUCCAGAUGGUCCCAGGCCCAGCUCAGGCUGGCAGCCGAAAUACAGUAGCCGGAGCCUUAGCCUUCACCAACCAGAAGCCACCCUACCCAGACCCCCCACACCUGACUAUGAGAAUGUGUUCAUAGGACAGCCACCUGCCGAGGACCAGUCGGCCACACACGGGACUCACCCUUCAGAGGACAGUGACUUCUACAUGAACUACGAGGACCUCCAACAGGCCUCCCAGCCCGUCUACGGCAACCUGCAGUUCCCGGGCCAGGCUCCCGCGGUCGAAGAUGAGUACGUGAUCACAGGGCACUGAGCCUGAACUCCAGCCUGCCCCACUCCAGGUGAUUCGGGCCAUUCGGCAUCCCCCCCUGGCCUCAGUCUCCCAGCCUGAGGAGCGGGGAUAGGGAAGAACUGUCCUUGCAGCCCUCUGCCCAGCUCCUGCUCCGCUCUUCUGCCCCCUCGGCUGCUAGAAGGGAAAGAGGAGACUCCAACACAGACACAGCAGGUUCACACAGUGAACUCCAUUGUCACCUUCCUCUCCGUGUGCAGGUGGUGCUCAAUAAACACUGUGGGGCUGGUGGGGCCGCUGGCUCAGAGGGAGAAGGUUCCUUUCAGUGGCUUCCUGAGCUCUCAAGACUAGAUCUCUGGAGACCCCUGAAUUUCUCCCCAGCCCCUCCCCUCUGUCCCGCUCAGGUCCCCUCCCAGGUACCUGGCACCCAGACUCAGUCCCCAGGGCAGCCCACGCCAGCCCCAGAGGGAUUUAUGUAACUCAUGAAUCAGGACUGUGUCCUUCCCCUGCUCACACACCCUCUAUGGCUCCCCAUUGUCCCUGGGUCCUCAGUCUGGUAUUUGAGGACGGUAUGACCCAGCCUUGUCACCUCGCUGCCUCUCCCAUCCCUCUGCCCUUCUGGUCUGGGCCUCAUCUCCACCUAACCCACUCCCUUCUGAAGCUUUCAUUUUCCUAAGCCAUUUGCCCAUGCCACUCCUUUUGUCCAGAAUGCCACCCCUUCCUCUUUUUCUUACUCGUAAACACCCUAAUAGUUGCAGAACUAUGGCUGGGGCGUCAGGGGGCAUGAGUUCAAGUCCUAACUCUGCCAUUAACUCCACGGGUCUCGUUCCCCCCAUCUGUAAAACGCAGUGUUAGAAUUGGUCUCUAA